AUGCUGUUGGUGUCCUGGCUGUGCGGUUCUUUCUGGGAGGGCUGGAAGGUGCUGUUACAGCUGGAGUUUCUAUGCAUUACGGACAUUAGAUAUAACUCUGAACCGCUACGACUAGGCUUCGUUCUGAUUACUGCGCAGUGGUUUCUGUUGAAAGACCAAGCUCUUCGAAGUGCCAUCUGGUUCUCAUUCAACGGGGUGGUUCAAGUCGUCGGAGGUAUUCUGGCAUACGGAGUCUCACGCGGCUUCGAAGGCCACUACAGUUUCUCUUCGUGGAAAGCAAUCUUUCUCAUCCCCGGAUUGCUGACUACUACAUACGUGAUAUUUAUCUUCAUGGUGACCGUCGACAUCCCCAACGGCAGCAUCACCGUGUUCUUCACCCAGCUCAUCGAAAGCUUCGGCUUCGAUUCCCAGAUCACUUUCCUCCUCACUAUGCUGGGAGGCGUAGUCGAAGUGAUCUCCAUGCUUGGGAUCUCCUACCUAGCAACCAAGGUCAACAACCGCAUGUUCUGCGCUGCGGGCGGCCAGAUCCUCGGGCCACUAGGCAUCGCACUGAUGAUGGGCCUCUCCCGCUCAGGAAUCACCGCAUACCCUGUGGGCCAGUUGAUCGGAUACUACCUAGUGAUCGGCAACAACGGUGCCAGUGCUCGUCUUUUCGGUCAUCUCGUCGAAUCCAGCCGGCCACACGAGGAGGACCACCGUCAACGCCGUCUCGUUGAUCGGGUACUAUGUUGGCUUUCUGGUCGGUCCGCAGACGUACCGCAAGUCGCCUGCUUAUCCGGAUGCCAUGUGGGCAGUCGUCGCUAUGUGGACUAUUGCGUUGCUGGUGUGUUUAGUUCUGUACUAUGUCAAUGA